AGAGAAUAUAUGUAAUAUGUUGCUUUGGUUUGGUUUUCUCCGCGAAAGCUGCCCAAUCAUGAGUUUCUCAAUUUACGGAUCAAUAAAUCUCAGAGAGAACUUAACUACCUGACCUCAACGUUCAAGGAUUUCUUGACAAAGGAAAUUGGGAUUUGAGACACACGGGAAAACAAUGGAAGUGACAGCAAGAGCUCCUGGGAAAAUCAUUCUCUCCGGUGAACACGCAGUGGUGCACGGAUCCACUGCUGUCGCCGCAUCCAUUAAUCUCUACACCAAUGUCACUGUUUCUAUACCCACUGCUGGAAAUGAUGAUUCACUCAAACUUCAGCUCAAGGAUAUGGCACUAGAAUUUUCAUGGCCAAUUGGUAGAAUCAAAGAAGCAUUAUCUAACUUAGGUCCUCCUUCCUCUUCAACGCCCACCUCUUGUUCAAUAGAAUCAAUUAAGUCAAUUUCAGCUCUGGUUGAAGAAAAGAAUAUCCCAGAGGCAAAAAUUGCACUUGCUUCCGGAGUAUCGGCAUUUCUAUGGUUAUAUACUUCUAUUCAAGGGUUUAAACCUGCCACUGUAGCUGUCACUUCUGAGCUUCCACUGGGUUCAGGCCUCGGAUCAUCAGCUGCAUUUUGUGUUGCCCUCUCAGCUGCUUUACUUGCUCUUUCAGACUCUGUAAAUGUGGACAAACAGCACCAGGGUUGGAAAAUGUUUGGAGAGUCUGACCUUGAAUUGUUAAACAAAUGGGCUUUUGAAGGUGAAAAGAUAAUUCAUGGAAAGCCAUCUGGAAUAGACAACACUGUCAGCACAUAUGGCAACAUGAUCAAGUUCACGUCUGGUAAUCUGACACGCAUCAAGUCCAACAUGCCAAUCAAAAUGCUUGUUACCAAUACAAAAGUAGGGAGGAACACAAAAGCACUGAUUGCUGGUGUUUCAGAGAGAACUCUACGGCACCCUAAUGCCAUGAGUGUUGUUUUUAAUGCCGUUGAUUCUAUCAGUAAUGAGGUGGCUAGCAUCAUCCUGUCACCUGCUCCAGAUGAUGUGUCCAUAACUGAGAAGGAACAGAAGCUAGAAGAGUUGAUGGAAAUGAAUCAAGGCUUGCUACAAUGCAUGGGGGUCAGCCAUGCUUCUAUAGAAACUGUUCUUCGGACAACAUUGAAAUACAAGUUAGCUUCCAAGCUGACUGGAGCAGGGGGUGGGGGUUGUGUCCUGACUCUGCUACCAACCUUGUUAUCAGGAACAGUUGUUGAUAAAGUAAUUACAGAACUGGAGACAUGCGGAUUCCAAUGUCUGAUUUCCGGGAUUGGUGGGAAUGGUGUUGAGAUUUGCAUUGGCGGUUCAUCCUGAUUAUACCAGGCCAGCAAUAAAUUAGUGUAAGAUCUUAUCUUUAAUGUCAAAUUUCAAAUAAGAUCCAAUGUGUAGGCUUUGCUGGUACUGAUUUAUUUCUUUAUCCAACCUCAUAUGUACAUUAUUUUGUUGUUGUUUUUCUUCUUCUUUCUAGUUUGGGUCAGCCUCGAACGUCUUUGAAGUUUCGAGAAUAUUUAUCUUCAAUUUUUUGGACAUUCACUAAGGCUACAAAAAUCUGUAGAAAAUUCUGGAUAUUUGUGAACGCUAUUCCUCUUUCUAUAGUCAUAAUCUUAGUGUUCAUCUAAUGAUCAAUCCUGUUUUAUGUC